AACCAGCUCUUUCCGCGUUAGGGGGAAGCGGAAAGAAAGGCUUGCCGCGUUGCCAGGCAACUUUCCCUCCUGCCGCGGGACUUCCCAGCUCUUGCGGGCGGCUGCUUUCAUGGCCAAGUUCGUCCUCGCAGGGAUGGCUGAUUGCCCUUACUAUGCUAAGGCAGAACUCCUAGCUGACUACCUGCAGAAAAAUUUGCCUAACUUCCGGAUACAUAAGAUUACUCAGCAUCCAGACAACUGGGAGAAAUGGCUUCAGGAGAUCUGCAAAAAAAACGGAUGGAAGCACAAGCGCUCCCCAAUUAUUUGGAGAGAACUGUUGGACCGUGGAGGAAAAGGUCUUCUUCUGGGAGGAUUUAAUGAGUUCCUAGAACAUGCUCAGCAUUACUAUAACAUCACAUCGGACAUGAUGACCGCAGAGAUGCGUCAAAUUGCUAAGGAGAACUUGCAGACGCACAUAGAAGUUGAGAAAGAGGAGGAAGAACUUAAGAGCCUUAUCAACCCCUUACACGUCUGGAUCAACAGAGCCGCUGGUCAUAUCUGUUAUCACCUGAUCCCUUUGUUGGCCAAUGGAGAAAUAUUCGGGUCGGAAACCGAAAUCAGCCUGCAUUUGCUGGAUAGAAGCAACUGCAAAGAAGUUCUUCAGGGCAUUGUCAUGGAGUCUGAAGACAUGGCCUUCCCUCUUCUCCGCAGCGUCUCCCUGCACACCGAACUGGAGGGGGCUUUCCUUCAGGCCGACGUCAUCAUUCUGCUCGACGACAUCUUGCAGGAGACCAUCCCGACGCUCGAAAACUGCGUCCGGCAAGUGACCAGCCAGUGUGAAGUCUAUGGCCCUCUGAUUGACAAGAACGCCAAAAGCGACGUCAGGAUUGUCGUGAUGGGGAGGACCUUUGCCAACCUGAAGGCCUUAAUGCUGAUGCAGAAUGCUCCAUCCGUGAACCCUCGAAACAUCAUCACACUGGUGAUGCUGGAAUGCGAAGCCAAAGCCAUGCUGGCAAAAAAGCUGAAUAUGCAUUCAUCAGGAAUAAAAAAUCUCAUCAUCUGGGGUAACAUCAGCGGGAGUACCUUCAUUGACCUCAGUCACACGGAACUCUAUAGCUAUGACAGUGCCAUCUGGGGCCCGCCAAGCUUUUCCCGUUCCCUGUUGGAUGUUCUGUUUGAUCGUGAAUGGAUGCGCUCUGAAUUUGUGGCUCAGCUGGGGUCCCAGAGUUGUUGGGGGCACCACUGGCUGGGCAUGGCCCCAGCGCACAUCAUUUCGACGGUGAUGAGAUACUGGUAUCAGGACUCUCCCCCGAAAGAGAUUGUCUCUCUCGGAGUCAUCAGCGAAGGUCAGUUUGGGAUUCCUGAAGGGAUUGUCUUUUCCAUGCCUGUGAGAUUCCAGAAUGGUAGAUGGGAGGUCCUUACAGAGCUAGAAGUUAAUGAGAAAACUCGAGAAUUUCUUCAGAUUUUAGCCUCCGAUCUGAUUCGGGAAAAAGAAGUUGCAUUAGGUGAAUUAAAUGAACUGUAUCCACACAAACGAGUACCUCUUUGGGCACUAAAAGAAGAAGAAGAAGAAGAAAGUACUUCAAAAGAGGAAGUCCAGAUUCCAUCCACUGACCAAGUCGUGUCAGAAGAACCUAGCACUGAAGUGCCUGAAGAGUUACCUGAUGAGUUAAAAGAGUCAAAGAGCCCAGAAGAAGAAAAUAUCGAAGAGCCCACAGAUGGCGAGUUGAAUGAGAAACCGAAUCUGUUUGGUUUGGAAUAUUUGGAAAACACCAAUUUAGUUGCAUUUCAACAAAAUGUUGCCACUUUACCAGUCAUUGCCCAGGCUGGAUCUGGCAUUCUAAACUACGAAGCGUGA